GAACGUGCGGAGGGAGGCUCUGUUCAGCCGUCUCCGCCCGCGCGGCUUCCACCCCCGUCGGUGCCGACAGUGUCGCAUUUCUGUUAUCUAAUUUCUGGUUUUGACUGAAAGCGAAGCGAGUUUUCUCAUCAACGGAGUUGUAACAUUUAUGCAGGAAAAAGACCACGGCCCCCCGAGACGACGAGCGGCGCGUCAUGGAAAGUCUCCGGCUGCCUGCGGGCCGCCGCGAACGCCCACCGGGGGUCAAGGCCGGGCCAAAGGAGUCACCCUCGGACCGACCUCCAUCUGCGCGAGGAACGAGCCCAGACGCCCCGGCCGCCGCCGCCCGGCCCCCAGCAGGGAGGGGUUCCCCGCCCAGGGGCCAGGUGGCGUCGGGAGGAGGAAAUGGAGGCGCGCUGAGCGACUCUGGGCCGGCGCCGCCCCCCACGCGCUUCCCUGGCUGGCUGCAAGCGUCCGCCGCCGACCCGAGGACCGCAGGGCCCCGCUCGCCGCCCGCGCCCGUCGGGAAGCCGCGCGUAGCUCAGGCAGUCUGUCGGGGUCGUCGGCUUGGGGCGUCGCCCGCCGUCGGCCUGGAGCGCGUCCUCCCCACCGAGGGACUGAGCGGCCGCACCACGCAUCCCGCCGCGCCGGAAGCCUGGAGCAAGGGCGGCCACGCCGGGCAGGACCGCGGCGGAAUGACCCGGGGCGACCCCUCAGCAACGGCGCCUCCGGCAGGCGACAAAAUCCCCUGAGGACCGACGCGCUCCUCGCCUGGACGGACUUCGCCUGGCCGGGCUUCCAGCCGGGCGGGCUCCCCAAGGACCGAGGGCGCGGGCCGAGCUCGGUGGCGGCCGCUCGGUGCACGGCUCCCGGCAGGCCCACCCUCCCCCGGCCUCCAGCGCCACGCGCCUCCCUCGCCCCGCCCCCCGGCGCCCGGCGCCCAAUCAGAGCGCCGCGCACGUGACGAGCGCUGCCUGCGAUGACCUCAUCCCUGGUGUGGGAUGACGUCAAAUUCAAGAUGGAUGGAAUCACAGCGGCAGCGGCGGCUGCGGCGCGCGCGAGCCGAGUGUGAGCGGAAAGGGGACCGGCGUCUGCCUCGAGGCUGGAGACCGAUAAAUUCAAGCCAUGGAGGGAUUACUGCAUUAUAUCAACCCAGCACACGCCAUUUCUCUCCUAAGUGCCCUGAAUGAGGAACGUCUCAAAGGACAGCUGUGUGAUGUGCUGCUGAUUGUUGGAGACCAAAAGUUCCGAGCUCAUAAAAAUGUCUUGGCUGCCAGCAGCGAAUACUUUCAGAGUUUAUUCACAAAUAAGGAAAAUGAGUCACAAACUGUAUUUCAGCUUGACUUCUGUGAGCCAGAUGCAUUUGAUAAUGUUUUAAACUACAUUUAUUCUUCCUCUUUGUUUGUUGAGAAGAGCAGUCUUGCUGCUGUGCAAGAACUUGGCUAUAGUCUUGGGAUUUCCUUUCUGACUAACAUCGUUUCUAAAACACCUCAAGCCCCCUUUCUAACGUGUCCUAAUAGAAAAAAAGUGUUUGUAGAAGAUGAUGAAAACAGUUCUCAAAAGAGAAGUGUCAUUGUUUGUCAAAGUAGAAAUGAAGCACAAGGAAAAACUUUUAGUCAAAAUCAACCCGAUGUAAGCCAUACUCCCCGGCCCUCUCCUAGCAUUGCAGUCAAGGCUAAUACCAAUAAGCCACAUGUCCCCAAACCAAUUGAACCACUUCAUAAUUUUUCAUUAACUGAAAAGAGUUGGCCGAAAGAUAGUUCUGUGGUAUAUGCAAAGUCUCUUGAGCUUUCUGGAUCUUUGGAUGAUCCUAAUAGAAUCAGUUUGGUGAAAAGAAAUGCAGUAUUGCCUUCAAAGCCUCUGCAAGACAGAGAAGCUGUGGAUGAUAAGCCAGGUGUGAGUGGUCAGCUUCCAAAAGGAAAAGCUCUAGAGCUGGCUUUGAAGAGACCACGGCCACCUGUUUUGUCUCUUUGUAGCUCAUCAGAGACUCCCUAUCUAUUAAAAGAAACUAACAAAGGAAGUGGUCAAGGUGAAGAUAGAAACUUGUUGUACUAUUCAAAGUUAGGCUUAGUGAUCCCAUCCAGUGGAUCUGGUUCUGGAAACCAAAGCAUUGACAGGAGUGGCCCGCUUGUUAAGAGUCUUCUCAGACGGUCAUUGUCGAUGGAUAGCCAGGUUCCUGUGUAUUCACCCUCCAUAGACUUGAAGUCUUCCCAGGGAUCUUCGGUGUCCAAUGAUGCACCAGGGAAUGUGUUGUGUGCUUUAUCUCAAAAGUCAUCUUUAAAAGAUUGUAGUGAAAAAACAGCCCUAGAUGACAGGCCUCAAGUGCUACAACCACAUCGCCUCAGGUCUUUUAGUGCUUCUCAGUCAACAGACAGGGAGGGAGCCUCCCCUGUGACCGAGGUGCGCAUAAAGACCGAGCCCAGCAGCCCGCUGGCGGAGUCCCUGGACAUCAUCCGCGUCACUGUGGGAGAUGCGGCAGCGACAGCAGCUGCCUCGUCGCCGCUGGUCACGAGAGACCUGUCUCUGAAAACAGAAGAUGACCAAAAAGACAUGAGCAGACUCCCAGCAAAAAGGAGGUUCCAGGCGGACCGAAGAUUGCCAUUUAAGAAGCUAAAGGUGAAUGAGCACAGGCCUCCUGUGUCGGAAGAUAAUUUUGAGGAAGGCUCAAGCCCUACUCUCCUUGAUGCAGAUUUUCCAGAUUCUGAUUUGAAUAAAGAUGAAUUUGGUGAGUUGGAGGGGACGAGACCAAACAAAAAAUUUAAAUGCAAACAUUGCCUUAAGAUCUUUAGAUCAACAGCAGGUCUUCACCGUCACGUUAACAUGUACCAUAACCCAGAAAAGCCCUACGCUUGUGACAUCUGUCACAAGAGGUUUCACACCAACUUCAAAGUGUGGACACACUGUCAGACCCAACACGGCAUAGUGAAGAACCCAUCACCAGCCUCUAGUUCACAUGCUGUUUUGGAUGAAAAAUUCCAAAGAAAGCUGAUUGACAUAGUGAGAGAGAGAGAAAUUAAGAAGGCCCUGAUCAUUAAGUUAAGGCGUGGCAAGCCUGGUUUUCAGGGACAGAGUAGCUCCCAAGCGCAGCAAGUCAUCAAGAGGAACUUGAGAUCUCGAGCCAAAGGAGCUUACAUUUGUACUUACUGCGGAAAAGCGUACCGCUUUCUCUCCCAGUUUAAGCAGCACAUAAAAAUGCAUCCAGGAGAAAAACCCCUUGGAGUAAAUAAAGUUGCUAAACCAAAAGAGCAUGCUCCUCUUGCAAGUCCAGUAGAAAACAAGGAGGUUUACCAGUGCCGCCUCUGUAAUGCUAAGCUCUCUUCUCUCCUAGAGCAAGGAAGCCACGAGCGGCUAUGCCGGAAUUCGGCCAUCUGCCGUUACUGCAACCUCAGGUUAUUCUCACCCGAGCUGAAGCAGGAACACGAGAGCAAGUGUGAGUAUAAGAAGCUGACCUGCCUCGAGUGUAUGCGAACCUUCAAGUCCUCUUUCAGCAUCUGGCGGCACCAGGUUGAAGUACAUAAUCAGAACAACAUGGCACCCACCGAAAACUUUUCUUUGCCCGUUUUGGACCACAACGGUGAUGUGACCAGUUCUUCAAGGCCCCAGUCGCAGCCUGAACCCAAUAAAAACCACAUUGUCACCACAAAAGAUGACAAUGUGUUCAGUGAUUCUUCAGAGCAAGUUAACUUUGACUCGGAAGAUUCCUCUUGUCUCCCUGAAGACCUUAGUCUUUCCAAGCAACUGAAAAUUCAAGUCAAGGAAGAGCCUGUGGAGGAGGCUGAGGAAGAGGCACCUGAGGCCAGCACAGCCCCCAAGGAAGCAGGUCCUAGCAAAGAAGCCAGCCUGUGGCCCUGCGAGAAGUGUGGGAAGAUGUUCACAGUGCACAAGCAGCUGGAGCGUCACCAGGAGCUUCUGUGCUCUGUGAAACCAUUCAUUUGUCAUGUGUGCAACAAAGCUUUUCGUACUAAUUUUCGACUCUGGAGUCACUUCCAGUCACAUAUGUCUCAGGCUUCAGAGGAAUCGGCACAUAAGGAAUCUGAGGUGUGCCCUGUUCCCACAAACUCUCCCUCUCCACCACCUCUGCCACCGCCACCACCACUGCCCAAGAUCCAGCCCCUGGAGCCUGACAGCCCCACAAGCCUAUCCGAAAACCCAACUCCAGCCACAGAAAAAUUGUUUGUGCCCCAAGAAUCAGACACUCUUUUUUACCAUGCCCCACCCCUUUCAGCAAUCACAUUUAAAAGACAGUUUAUGUGUAAACUUUGCCACAGGACAUUCAAGACUGCGUUUAGUCUUUGGAGUCACGAACAAACACACAAUUGAAAGACCAACACUUUUUAUGUAUUAGGAAAUUUCAACCCGAAUUGUGAAAUGUGUCAUAAGAAGCAAAAUGUUUUUUGCAAGAAUAAUAAAGGUUGGAAAUGGAUAUGCUUGAAAUUAAGUUUGAGGCAAAUUGAUAAUUACUUAGUAAUGUUCUUAAUCAACUUUAGAAAAACACCUUUUAAAAUAUUGUGGUUCUGGACCUUACAAGAACAAGAUGGUUUGAUUUCAUUAAUGUUGAAAUUGGAUUAGUCUUGAUUGUGUGCAUGGCUCCUCAUUCCAUGGUGUCAGUAUCAUCGUUAAUUGAGGUUUUGGUUUUUUACUGAUUUGUAAUUAGUGGAAUACUGUCAAAGUAUUUCUUCUUUUGAUUAUUUUAGACACUUGAGUUCUAGUUAAAUCUUAACCAUGUUCUUAAGUCCAAAAUAUAUCAGGAAGAAGUGGAGUAGUUUGCAGUAUUGAUUUAGAUCUUAGACAACUUUAGCAAUAAAAAAAUAAAUUUCAACUUCAAUGUUAUCCUGACACUUGAUGAAAAUAAAUAUUUGGUAUUUUGUGGUCAUGUAGAACUUCCUUUUGUAUGAAAGUUGUGAGAAAUUUAAAUCAGCAAUAGUAACACUUAGAUAUUUAUAAACAAAAACUUCAUCUCACUUAAUAUAAUAAACGAUAGUUAAACUCUAUGAAAGACCUGGGAAAUGAAAACAUAAUUUAUGGAAGUUCCCUACAGCAAGUUUAUAAGGGCUUCAGUAGUGAUAGACAUUGUAAUAAAAACUUGUACCAUGUUAUACGUACGCUGCACCACAAUCUAAAUUCAGACCAGCAUUUGAAGGACUGCAAAUGUUUCAUUUCCUCUGAUUUAUGCUGUCACAAAUUGAAAAUCUGAGUGUAGUUAGGACAAAAAACAAAGCUAACAUAGGACACGAAUUUUGAUUUUAACGUUAGUAUAACAGAUGAGAUGGGGACAUACAUUUAAAUAGAUCGCAGACUCAAGAGUUAGCACAGCUGAUCUAAAAUAAUAAAUUACCAUUUCCAGAGAAUUCAGAGCAGAGGAUUCAGGAAACUGCAGUUUCAAAAUGCUUCUCAAAAACAAUAUAUACGACAUACACAUUUUUCUGCCUCUCUGUCUUUUUCGACAAUUUCUUUUAGAAUUUGUUGGGAGUUCGGUGGUUAAAAUCAUUGGCAAGGCUGUUCUCUACAUCAUUGCUCAGUAUUUCAAAAAUAGGUGUUCAAGCCCUAUCAGUGGUCCAAAAUUAGUUUUAGCUACUUAUUUUGGUCCGUGGGGUUUGUGCUUUUCUAAGAAUACUAUGUAAAAAUUUGUCGUUGAAAGCCUUUCAGUAGGUUAUCCAAAGUUCAACGUGGUGUUUCUAAAGGGAAAAUUUUUACUUGUGUAGGUGGGAGUUAGAUGUAUAAAAAAAUGAAACUACAAAAUCCUUUUAAGAAAGUAAUACCAAUUUAGACUCUUGAGUUUGUGUUACAGCCUAUUCUUUCAAAUUAAAAAAAGUAAAUUAUCAUUAAAUAAUUUUAAAUUUGUGCUCUAGGAAGAUAACUCUGUACCCAUCAGUCUCAUUACCAACAUUUCAUACCAGUGGUAGGAAAGAUACUCUCAUUUCUUAUUGAACCAGACAUUUUUAUAAAAUACUGAUUGAUUUUAUAGAUACUACAUAUGAAAUUUUGCCUGCAUUCUUUCACUUGAAAAAUCUCCAAUCUUCAUAUUCUUAAAUUCGAUGGAGAAGGGAAAAUAAAGUUACUGAUUCUUGCCAUCUUUGUUUUCUUAAGGAAAUCUAUGCAUUUUAAAGGUUAAAGCAUAUGGCUUUACAUGAAACAUUAGGAAGGAUUAUUGUACAUUGAAUUCAUUCCCUAUAUAAUGUGGUAUUUCUUACUCUGAUCCUGUUGGUAGCUGUCACUUCUUCAAAAGAAGAGAGUUUCCCUGAGUACUCGUCACCUACAUGGCCCUUAGAGUAUCUAUCGGUGAUAAUUCCAUGGUACAAAGUAUCUUGGCAUUGUAAAUUUAGUAUCCCAGGACUUGAACCUUUAUGCUACAUUUUCAAAAAUUUUUUACAAAUAAUAUUGUUAAUCAGUAAAAAAAAAUAUUUUUGAUCUAAACAUAGGUUCUGCAUAUCUUAGAUUUUAAAAAUUACUGGUGUUUUGUCUUCACAUUUUUGUCUAGGCAAGGAAUAUAAGAUUUCAAAGAAAAUUUUGAACCAAAAGCAUUUAUAAUGCAGUUCUGGUUUUUCUAUUACUUUUUAUACUGUACUUUAAAAGCAUUAGGCUGAAAGAGUUUAUUUUGAUGGUCAAAAAAUAUGCUUCCACUCAUAACUAUUUUAAAUGUUAAGAAGUAAAAUAAUGAAAGAUGUUAAUUACUUUAUUCAGUAAAGUUUUUUAAGAAUGUUUAUCUCAGCCAGUAGGCAAAUAUUUGGUGUAAAACAAGUUGGUCUUAAAUUGUUGCAACUCAUUAGCUAGUGAAGAUAUUCAUGUAAAUAUCUUUAAGAUUGUAAUUAAUUUUGAAAAUGUAGAGAGCUCAUUCCAUGUAAGUAUGCAGGAUGCCUGCUUUUUUAUGCAGUUGUGGAAAGAAUGUAAAAUGUUUUAAUAUAUUCUUUGUUAAUCUAAGAACUUGAUAUUGAAUCACUUUCUUUAUGUGGGAGAACGAGGGAAUAACAUAAAACAUGUUUUUAUCACUCAAAGUAAGCAAUGGAGGUAACAAAUAUUGUGCAUUUUAAUAGUAAUACUUCAAGAUUUAUAGAAUAUUCACCUUUAAAACUAGUUAGUAGGCAUUUAUAAUUUUACCAAAAAUUAACCAUUCAACAGUGAUGUUCUUUGCAUUUGUGGGGAGGCGUAUGAUGUUCUUGGUUUUCUGGUUUGGAAUGGAAUGUUUAUAGCCUGGCCUGUAAAAGUAUGCCCCGGCACUUCGUGACCUUUUAAAUCCGUAUGUAGCUCCAUCGGUGCUAACGAGAGUAGCUGCUGUGAGACAGGAAUAAGAUGUGUCCGUUCGCUGAGGCGCAGUGCAAUUGCAUCUACAAGGCCGACUCUGAUCAGGGUGAGGGAGAGAUGUAAGAAUGGACAGAUCCAAACUGGGCCUUUAUCCCCUCCAGUUGGAUUUGCGCACACGUGCAUGCGUGUGUGUAUACAACUGUAAUCUGGAACUUUACGAAGUAAAAUUAUUUGAAGUUUCUUAGUAAAAAGUAAUUAGGUAUAAUUCCAAAUACAUUUCUGUAUAAAUUUUAUCCAAUUAACUGGAUUACAAGUCAGUUUGUCCAUUUACGACGUCUCAGUGACGUCUCUGCCAUAAUUGUGGAAUGCAUUAUUAGUUUAGAUAAUGCUAACACAUUCUUCUGAAGUGUUUUUAACACUGACUAAAGCUUAAGUUUUAAAAAUAGGUUUUCACCUGCGGCUUUCCUGGCUUCAGCACUUUAAGACGUUUAAGGUUGUUGUAAUUUUAAAUAGGCCCUUUCAGCGCGGCUCAGCGGGCACCGCAGCUUACGGCAUUUCCAUGUGACUGGGGAGAGAACGAAGUCGGUAUUUAGAUUCUGGAGAAGAAGAACAUGAGUUACCAAUGUCAGGUGUUUUCAAAAGUUCCUUUUAUAAUACUUUUGGGAACCAAAGUAUUUUACUGUAAAUCUUUAAAGUAACACAAUUCAGUGCUCUUUCAUCAUUUGUUAGUGCUGUCCAGAUUUUUCACACAGUUAUACUCAGUUAAUACUGAUUUUCAACAUUAGUCCAAGGCUAUUUCAAGUUUUCCAUUGAAUAUAUGCUUAUGGUUAAAAGAAAAACAAAUGAAUCGUUUCAUAAUUCUGUAUACUUUGUCAUAUGCCUUAGCAGAGUAAGUCAUUUUUCAGUUUUACUUAGGAAUAAGCUUUUUUGAACUGAAAAGUCAUGGUAAAAUAGGAUUUCUAUCUAAUGUUAAUCCAUUGCUUAUUUGUAAUCAAUUCUGUUGUCUACUUUGCUUAAAUGUUUACUAAGAACAAUUGGAGUCAAUAAAUUUGUACUGUAUUUUGCUUUGA